AUGCUCCUAAAUACAUUAUCCAUAUCAGGCAUACAUUCUCCAUCAAAGGGAAAAACUACCCAAGAGUCAGGCGAUUCACCUUUUUACACUAAAGAGGAAUACAAUGAUGAAGCAUUUGAAUAUGAAAAAUUAAUUAUGCGAUUGCGAAAUUCUGGUAAACUUGGUCAAAAUAAAAAACGAUCAGUAUUGGUCCUUUCGUCGAUUGGGAAAGACCAACCAUACGGAGAAGGAAGAACAUUGGAGCAGUUCUUCCUUACAAUAUUCACGCUAGUAGAAAAUCAACCAAAAUACGACUUCUCUCUUGGGCUAUUAAACAAUUUUCCUAAUGAAGUUGAAAAAAUCAAGCACUACAUCACUAAAAAUGAAGAAAAAAUGUCAAAAUAUUUCAACAAAAUCACAGUAUCUUCGGCACCUCACUUGGAAGACGCUGGAGGAAUCUCACGAGAACUGCGCCAUGAUGAUUCAAAGCAAAGAUUACGUAGAAGGCUAAUUGCCAGGUCUCGCAAUUUUCUAAUGCUGGAGUCUUUGGAGAAUGAACAAUAUAUACUAUUCAUGGACAGCGACAUUGUGUCAUUUGAUAAACAAGAAAUGUUCAUUGAUGUCAUGGUCAAGUCGGAAAAGGACAUAAUUGUACCCAGAAUAAGAAAAAGGUUUGGAUUAACAGAUUAUGAUCGAAAUUCAUGGCGUGGUAAAAGAACCAAACCAACUCAAGAACAGUUGGAUAUCAUGGAUUCAAAUCAAUGGGACAAAUUUGAUUACGUCCCUAAGGACGUACCUGGGGAAAUUUUCCAUUUUUUCCACUUAGACAAUACAGAGAACGAAGAAUUGAAGAAAUUAGAUCAUUUCGAACCUUUAGAUUCUGUUGGUGGCGCCGUGUUAUUCUUCAAAUCUAUCAUUUAUAGACAAGGUGUUAUAUUUCCCACAAGUUACAUAGUGGGUACUACUUGGGAUAGACUAGAAGGUUAUGAUGGCAUUGAAACAGAAGGUAUAUGUUACUUAGCCAAACCUUUGGGCUAUGAAUGUUGGGGUAUGCCAAAUCUCUCCGCUUAUCAUAUAGAAUAG